GUUAUUCUUGUCAUUCAUCCUGUCACCACUACUCAUUUUAAGGUGACUUGUGGUCUAGGUGGGAAGGUGAAGCACAUGCUUGUCAACUUGAAGUCCUUCUUAUCUACGCCUCAGCUUGCUCUUCUUGAAACCCGAUGCGAGAUGGAGAAAUACCUGAACCCCCAGCUUCCUCCCGUGCCCCCCCUCCCAGAGCACAAGAAGUACCGCCGGGACAGUGCUUCAGUGGUGGAUCAAUUCUUCACCAACAGUGACGGUGUGCCUUACAGCGUCAACAUGAACCUCUACCUGCCGGACCUGACCCAGCUGAGGACAGGCCUGUACAAAGCCCAGAGGGCACCCGUGACCCACAUCAAGACGGAGCCGGUGGCCACCUUCAGCCACCAGAGCGAAACGGCUCCCGCUGCCCCCGGCACCGCCCAGGCGCUCCCUGAGUUUACGAGCAUCUUCAGCCCCCACCAGACGCCGGACGUGAACAGCCUCUUCAUCAAGCAGGAGCUCUCUGCCCCGGAGCUGAGCCUCUCCAUCCCCACACCCCAGCAGGGCCAGCUGUACCAGCUCCUCAGCUCCCCAGAUUUAGACCUGCCGAACACGGCCCCCCAGGCCGCAGGGAUGGACCACCUCAACAGCGUCUCCAUGUCUUCCUCCAUGGCGGGCCUGAGCACCCUGUCUUCGGCCAUGCCACAGACCCCCAUGAAGCAGUUCCACGGGGUGCCUCCCUGCACGUACGCGAUGCCCAGUCAGUUUCUGCAGCAACAAGCCACUUACUUCCCCCCUUCCCCUCCAAGUUCGGAGCCUGGCAGCCCCGACCGACAGGCGGAAAUGAUGCAGAAUUUAACCCCUCCUCCGUCGUACGCCGCUACGAUAGCUUCCAAGUUGGCCAUCCACAAUCCAGCUUUGACCACAAGCAUCCCAAUGAAUUCACCGAGCAUCCCAACCGUCAGAUAUAAUCGGAGGAGUAACCCAGAUUUGGAGAAGAGGCGGAUUCAUUACUGUGACUACCCUGGUUGCACUAAAGUGUACACGAAAUCUUCCCACUUAAAAGCACACCUGCGAACUCACACUGGUACGUGGUUUAUGGUGGUUAUGAAUUUCCUAUAAAUAUAAGUUAGCCAUCCUGUUUUCUCUGCUUUGCUUGAAAGAUGUAACUUGGUUUGCUUCAAACUGAGAGUUAUAAAUCAGCCACACUGGUUAAUGAAAUGAAAGGGGACACUUUUAAGCUUCAGAAAAUAAAGAGGCUUAAUUUGAACAGUGAAUAAAUGCCCUCUUUGAAGCCCUGUUUCUUCCCACCCACCCCCAAACCAGCUGAAUUAUGCUGUCAUUUAAUGGAUGGAAUCUUUGCGUUGUUUCUGUGCAUCAAACCUUGGUUUAAUUCCACUGAAGC